AUGUCAAACCAACUGGGCUUGGCACGCUUUGCCUUCAAUAUAUACGGCUCCUUGAGUCAGGCAGACCUGCCCCGCCAGAAAACCCCAGAUCUGCUGAGGCUGCGUCCUCUGAAGAAGUUCACCUACUCGUGUGAAAAAGAGAUCACCUGUGUUUCCCAGCUUCGGCACCCCCUUGGCCGCAUCAACACGUCCUACUACGACGCUUCUUCACCUGUUCCUUCGCAUCAUGUUGUUAUUGGCGGGAAAAACUACCUCAAAUUGUUGGCACUCAACUCAGACCAGAACCAGGUCAUUGCAGACAUCAACAUCGUCGAUCCUUCGGCGCUGAAACGUUUCCAUACGUCUCCUCGCUUGUUUAAUGUCAACACUGUAAAGUGUAACGGAGACAUGGUGGCCUGUGGCUUGACAGACGGUACGGUUAGCAUAUUCCAGGUAUCGGCUGCUGGAAAGGCCAAAUUGGCACACAAGUUCAGCGACCAUAAACGUGUGAUCAACUCGAUGGAUUUUGUGGAGCUGGACCAGAUCCUUCUCUCGGGUUCGCAGGACGGAACGAUCAAACUUUGGGACUUGAGAACAUUUAACCAGAAACCGGUGAUGAAGCUACGAGCACCUCAACAUUCAGAUCCCGUGAGAGCGUGUCAAUACUCUCCAUUUUCAAGAUCUCGUGGUCGAAUGACCGUUCUCUCGGUCCACGACUCGGGAUCGCUCUGCAAAUUCGAUUUCCGUUACCCAGGAGGUAAUCACCAUCAAGGCGGUCUUCCUGAACGGAAAUGGACAUUCCAUACGGGCCCGGCACUUUCGCUACAUAUACAUCCGGAACGUGAAUACGUGCUUACGGGAGGCAGAGACCGCAAGAUAUGUCUCUGGGACUACGAAGACUCUGUUGCACACCAUUCGGUUUCCCCAAAAGUUACUAUGAACGCAUACGGUCCAGUGAUGAAGGUAAGGUGGUCCGACAUUCCCAAUGGAGACCCCAGCAAUGCCGGUUCUGCCAUCAGCUCCAGACACAACCUGCUUGACUUCACAGACGACUAUGCCUCGCCUCAAUCAUUGUACAAUUACGAUUUUGCAUGUUCUUACUUGAACGACGAUCCCACCAUCACUGUCUUUAAUCUUCGCAGGAAGUAUAUUCCAAAAGAAGUUAUUACGACCUCCACAGGCAAGCCUGUUCAAAACUUCAUCUGGGCCCAUAACUUCCAGAACGAACGAAAGUUGUGGACAAUUACCAAGUCCAACAUUUUCGUGUCAUACAAUCUUUCAAGAAAUCAAGAUGACGGCCUCAACAUAUCCCGGCCUUUGGAAGAACUUACCAGUGUUGCUACCGCCUGGAGCCCUGGUUACACAAAUCUCUCGUUCACGAACCAACAAAAGUCAGAGUUCUACAUGGACCCCGCAGACUCAUCAUAUGGGCACGAAUACGAUGCUCUGGAUGCUUCAGCUCCCUUUACAGAUGAUCUAAGUGAGGAAGCCUUGAUAGACAGAGAGCUCGAACACCAGUCUUCCUCGUUGUCUCUCGACUCCAAGUACAAAAUGCCAAACUCAAUGACAGCUUCGAAUUUCAUCUACCAAAAGUCACCAAAAGACAGACCCCUGCUCAUGCGUCUGUCAACCUAUAAUCCUUCAAGUGCUGUGCUCAAACUGCCUUCGCCAAAUCCACUGUCGCAUCUUGGUCCUCUUGUUGAACCUGGAGGGGUUCCAGGCUCAGGCCAUGCCACUCAUUCAGCUCACUUAGCAAGGCCUCCACUCACCCGAAACACAUCGCAGUCCACACAAGGGUCCGGCUCCCUGUCUCUUAUGCUUCAACCGCUGUCAUCAGGAGUCUCUGCCCUUCAUCAAAAGAAAAGUAGUACUAUCAGUGCCGCUCCUUCGCCUUACUUUGUCGCAGUCUGUCUUCCAAUUCCUCUCAACGACGAGUCGGUGUUCGAAUAUCUCGCGUAUGAAUACUACCAUACUGUUCCUGAUGGAAUGUCCUUGGCAUUCGUAUGCCAAAUGAACGCUGAGGCUGCUGCUUCGGUACAGCGCUUCAGAGAUUGUCAGGUAUGGCGGAUGUUGGCUACCGCAAUUGAGCAAAGUACCUCCUCAAUUUCCGUCACUCCUCUUGACAUUAAGAAUGGUUCGAAGGUCCAGGAGGAACCACAACAGCAUGAAGACCAGCCUAUUACGGAGGAGAGGGCCUCUAUCAAUUCUGAUAUUGGUAAUCUUUGUGGCUCCUACGACCUGAACUCAACUCUGACCACCAAUUACAGGCGAAGUGAGGGCGGAGCAUCAGUGCAUAAUAUGGCUAUUUUAAGCUCAUCUAAGGAGAGUAACUCGGAUUUUGGUCCCUUGUCGCCUCAAUCAGUUAUGUCUGCGAGAGCACCAAACAGAAACGGUGAGGCAAUCUCUGGAAGAAAGUCUCACACCGCAUCCAAAGAAGACAUAUUUUUACAAGACGAUCAUGACAAGGCGCAAACCAUGGAGAUGCCAAAUAAUCCUGAAUCGACUCUGGAAUUCCCUGCAAUGGACAUCAAGGCGAAGCAAUCGCUUCAAAUCCAAAAGCUGGCAUCAACCGAGAUGCUAAACCCGAAUACCAAGUCGAAAGAGCUCACCAGGAAGACAAGCUAUAGCGCUUUCUCUUCUGGCCAUUCUCCUCGCUCUACAGGAUUAGGGCCGGAUUUGGAUGAUGAAAAGCUUCACUUAUUCAGCAACUCAUACAGCUCCUCAAGUUAUCAGGCUUCGGAAGGUAGGUACGGCAGCAGUGCUCAAACAAUGCUUUCAAGACAAAGGCAAUCGUUUUCUUCAACAAGAGCAUCACCAGUCAAUCCUCAUUAUGGUUUCAAGCCAAGAAGCGCAGAGGGAUUCAGAGGUAUCAAUUCUCAACUUGUACAGAGCCCUUCACUUGACAAGGUUGAAGAAUCCAGCAUGAAAAGUACCGAUAAAUUAAAAUCUGGAUUAACGAAGGCCAUUCAGGAAAGUUCUACAGCGGCCCUGGAGUUGCUAGGAAACGAAGAGCUGAGCAAGCCAUGGAGCUUAACGAAUCUUCUUUCCAAGGCAGUUGAGUACGCUAGAGAUCAAGGCGACCUCAUCAUGUGUUCUACUAUGGUCAUGCUAUUCUAUGGACAGCUCAAAGCUUUUGAGAAGCGGGUAAUGGAUAAAAGGGCAUGCUUGGAAUGCCUUGGUCUAUAUGUGGAAUCUCUUCGACAGAAAGAGUUAUUCGCAGAGGCAACAGCUAUAGUGAAAAGCGCUCCCUCUGGCCUCAAGGGAGACCUCAGUGUCUAUGCAAGCAAGGAGGUUGAUAUGCGUUUCUUCUGUGACUCUUGCAAGAAGCUUUUGACUAAUGAAAAGACGAAGCACUUGUACGCCGAAAACACAGAGAAGUUCGGCUUUUGGUACUGCGACGAAGUGGUUCCUUGUUGA